UCACACGUGAACUAAUUUCGUCAAAUGUUUAGAACCUGUUCUGGGUUCAGCUCUGGCGCCCUCCUCCGAUCUGUAAUACUUACACGACUUUUACAUUGUCGUAGAUCCCUAUCAUCUCAAAUUAGCGAAAUUAUGAAGCUUUACACCGACCGAGGAAAUCCAUUUCUACUCAGCAUUUUGGCUGCAAAAAAUCUGGCAGGCGUUCCACUCACUGUUCAAUACAUCAGUCAUGAAGAUGGAAGCAAAUUAAAUUGUCCAGGAGAUAGGAAGCUUCCAGUUCUUGAAGCUGAACAUGGAGUUUUAUUAUACAGUCCAAACAGUAUAUGCAGGUAUCUGUUGGACCUCAAGAGCAACUUGGAAGAAACACCUGAUCCCAACAGGGAAGCAAUUGUUGAUCAGUGGGUGGAGUGGGAGAGUAGAUCAUUGCAGCCUGUUCUGUUCCGUCAUCUUGUAUCAUCUAUUGGCCUGGGUAGGCAAAAGAGCAGCCAUGUUGAUGAUCUGAUGAAUUUACUGACACAUGCUGAUCAAGCCUUGUCUGCAUACAAGUUUUUUUCUGGGGAUCAACUUGGUUUAGCAGAUGUCAUCCUUUGGGGUUCACUUCAUCCCUUGUUCAUUGCUGAUUCAAGCUUCUCUGAUCCUCAGAUAAACAAUAUCAGAAAAUGGUAUGGUCAGCUCAUGUCACAGGAUGUUUUCCAUAAAAGUGCUUCUGAGGUGACAGGAGACAAAGGAGCAUCUGCUUUUAAGGACUCUUUGCUGGCCAUGUCUGGAACACAGGUGCCACCAAGUUCUAAACCACAGGAAGGAACUAAAUCGAAACAGAGCGUAAAAGGAUCACAGCCACCUCAGCAAGAAAAAGGGAAUGGUAUUUCACAAGAUGAGGUAGGUCAAGUCAGAGUUGCUUCAAGUGAGGAAAUUGCUGAAGCAGUAAAAAACUGGAAUCAAGGAAGCAAAAACCGGCCGAAACGUCGCCGGCUUAUGGACCCAAUUUUGCCCAUUGAAGGAGAAAAGAAUAUUCUUAUCACCAGCGCCUUGCCCUAUGUGAAUAAUGUGCCUCAUUUGGGGAACAUCAUUGGUUGUGUCCUCAGUGCUGACGUAUUUGCCAGGUACUGCCGCCUUCGUCAGCACAACACGCUUUACAUCUGUGGAACGGAUGAGUACGGCACAGCCACAGAAACUAAGGCGCUAGAAGAAGGUCUUACACCUCAGCAGAUCUGUGAUAAGUACUUCAAGAUUCACAAAGAAGUCUACGAGUGGUUUCAGAUCAAGUUUGAUUUCUUUGGAAGAACAACUACUCAACAGCAGACUGAAAUCGCUCAGGAUAUUUUCUGGCGUCUUCACAAGCAAGAUCACUUAGUGGAGGACACACUAGAACAGCUGCAAUGCGUGGACUGUAAAAGAUUUUUAGCUGAUCGUUUCGUCGAAGGCACCUGUCCUUUCUGUAACUUUGAGGAUGCCAGAGGGGAUCAGUGUGAUUCUUGUGGAAAGCUUAUAAACGCCAUCGAACUUAAGAAACCUCGGUGUAAAGUUUGCGGAGGAACGCCAAAAGUGAGAAGUAGCAAGCAUUUAUUCCUGAACCUGGCCAAGCUUGAACCAUCUUUAAAAAGCUGGGUUGACAAAUCUUCUUCGGAAGGUACAUGGACGUCAAACGCUCGCCAUAUUACCCGAGGAUGGGUCCAGGAGGGGCUCAGACCGAGGUGCAUCACGCGUGACUUAAAAUGGGGCACCCCGGUUCCUUUGGAAGGAUACACGGAUAAGGUCUUCUAUGUGUGGUUUGAUGCACCAAUAGGAUAUCUUUCAAUCACAGCAAAUUACACAAAAGAAUGGGAAAAAUGGUGGAAAAACCCUCAACAAGUCACUCUUCAUCAGUUCAUGGCAAAGGAUAAUGUCCCUUUCCACACUGUUGUGUUCCCGUGCACUCUGAUUGGAGCUGACGACAACUACAGUUUACUAAAUUCCAUUAGCGCAACAGAAUACCUCAAUUACGAAGACGACAAAUUCUCGAAGAGUCGGGGACUAGGGGUGUUUGGCAAUGAUGCUGCCGAUACUGGUAUCCCGGCAGACAUCUGGAGAUUCUACCUGUUGUAUGUGAGACCUGAGAACCAGGAUAGUGCUUUUAGCUGGACAGACUUUGUGUCGCGGAAUAAUACUGAACUACUCAACAAUUUUGGUAACUUCAUCAAUCGGGCCCUGAUGUUUGUGCAGAACUUCUUUGGUGGUGCCAUACCCUCCAUAGAUUUGACUGAUGAGGAUAAGAAUUUCUUAGCUCUUAUCAAUAAAGAGUUGAAGACGUAUAUUGAUGAUCUGGAAAAAAUGAGGCUCCGUGAAGGAUUGAGAGGUGUGCUGAACAUAUCCAAACUUGGUAAUCAAUAUUUUCAGUCCAACCAGCCGUGGGUUCUCGUCAAGGGAAGCGAAUCAGACAGGUCACGUGCUGGCACAGUUAUUAGCAUCGCAGCAAACCUCUCCUGGCAGCUCUCUGUUCUCAUUCACCCCUACAUGCCUGGUGUUAGUGAAGAAAUUCAACGCCAGUUACAGGUCUCCGACGAUGGAAAUGUUGUCCUGGAUAACUUCAUUCCCUAUUUACAGCCUGGUCACAAAAUUGGAACGCCUAAACCGCUGUUCCAAAAGAUUGAUGCCUCCGCCGCUGAUCAGUUCCGCGCAAAGUAUGGCGGGAACAAACAAAAGCAACAAACUGCAGGCGACAAAGCAGCGAAUACUCCCAACGGGAAUGCCGCUGACAUGGAUGUGGCAACAUUGCAAGCAGAGAUUACCAAGCAGGGAGACAAGGUCCGUAAACUGAAGACGGAAAAAGCCGAGAAGGAAAAAGUCGACGCAGAAGUGGCUAUUCUUUUGGCUCUCAAGAAAAAUCUGGCUGUCGCCGAGGGGAAAGAUCCGAACGAACAAGAAGGUAGUUCGAAGGGAAAAAAGAAAGGCAAAAAGAAGUAAAUUAUUGAUAAUAUUUGUGAACUGUAUACAUGGCUUAAAGUUUUAAAUUUUUCAUUGAAGACCACAUGCUUUAUCUAGCUAUAAUGUUAAAAAAACUAAACGAAUCGAAUUGUUCUGACCAAGCUACCAGGAGAGCAUCUGGGAGUAUGGGGCAGAAUGUUUUCUUCAGAACUCUAAGUUGAUCUCAGAUCGUGCAUCGUCCAAAAUUUUUCAAGAUGGCAAAAGCAAUGAAAAUAAAAUUAAGUUUUUGCAAAGGUGUGGUUUGUGUAACUUGGCAUUCGUUCUUGGAAACGAGAGUAACUGAUACUCAAAACAAUCUUUUUGGAAGAGUUAAGAAGUACUUGAAACCAUGAAAAAAAGUUCGGAACACAAAACGUUCACUGUAGUGUAAAUCUGCUGAAAUUUAUCUAUUUUUUUCUUUCUCCUUUCGUGAACUAAUAUGUGUAUGAAUAAAUGACAUGGGUAAGAGAA